AUGAUCUCCGGCAUCCUCAUCUUCAACCAAAAAGGUGAAAACCUCAUCUUCCGCGCAUUCCGUAACGACUGUCGCCCCCGCCUGGCAGACAUCUUCCGCAUCCAAGUCAUCUCGAAUCCGCAAGUGCGCUCGCCAAUUCUGACGUUGGGGUCGACAACAUUCAGCCAUGUCAAGCACGAGAAUAUAUAUCUGGUCGUGGUGACCAAGAGCAACGCCAAUGCGGCGCUCGUGUUUGAGUUUUUGUAUCGGUUUAUUGUGCUGGGGAAGGGGUAUUUUGGGAAGUUUGAUGAGGAGGCGGUUAAGAAUAAUUUUGUGUUGGUUUAUGAGCUAUUAGACGAAAUCAUCGACUUUGGAUACCCCCAAAACACAGAAACCGACACCCUGAAAAUGUACAUCACCACCGAAGGCGUCAAAUCAGCCAUCACCAACUCCCCCUCCGACUCCAGUAGAAUCACAAUGCAAGCUACAGGCGCCCUGUCCUGGCGACGCGCAGACAUCAAAUACCGCAAAAACGAAGCGUUUGUGGACGUAAUCGAAGACGUCAACUUACUCAUGUCGGCGACGGGCACGGUGCUUCGCGCCGAUGUUCACGGCCAAAUCAUAAUGAGAGCGUACCUCUCCGGCACACCUGAAUGCAAAUUUGGCCUCAAUGAUCGUUUACUGCUUGAUGGCGACGAUUCCCCUGCCUCGGGAAAUAAGGGUGGGAGUGGUCGGACAAAGGCGACUCGCGCAGCUGCGGGAUCAGUCACAUUGGAAGAUUGCCAAUUCCAUCAAUGCGUGAAGCUCGGGAGGUUCGACGCCGAUCGAACGAUUUCCUUCGUGCCACCCGACGGGGAAUUCGAGCUUAUGCGCUACCGUGCCACGGAGAAUAUCAACCUACCCUUCAAAGUCCACCCCAUUGUCCGCGAAAUCGGCACGACCAGAGUCGAAUACAGCGUCGCCAUCAAGGCCAACUACGGGACAAAGCUGUUUGCCAGCAACGUCAUAAUCCGCAUCCCUACACCACUCAACACCGCCAAAAUCACGGAACGCACAACGCAGGGCAAAGCGAAAUACGAGCCCGAACAGAACAAUAUUGUCUGGAAGAUUGCGCGGUUCACGGGACAGAGCGAGUAUGUGCUUACGGCGGAGGCAACGUUGACGAGUAUGACGCAUCAAAAGGCGUGGAGUCGGCCGCCGCUGAGUCUGUCGUUUAAUCUGUUGAUGUUUACGAGUAGUGGGUUGCUGGUGCGGUAUUUGAAGGUGUUUGAGAAGGGGAAUUAUAGUAGUGUCAAGUGGGUGCGGUAUAUGACGAGGGCGGGGAGCUAUGAGAUUCGUUUCUAA